AUGGCUCCUCAAUCCGAAAAGAGCCAAUUGAAACGAACUAGAGGUUCUCUGCCAGAAUCGGACCUGGAUGCGAAGAAACCCCGCCGCUCCCAGAGGUUGUCGCCCGAACCAAACGACAAGACUCCGGUUUCCAACAAGCACCAACUUCCCUCCCCCGUUACGAGGGUCGAUUCAGACGAAAUCUACAAGGAGCCCACCGCAACGCCCCCGGAAGGACGACCUAGCCAGGUGAACCAUCGCGACAAGGACGAUGCAUCGCAAGCCGUGAAUAAUAUCUCGUCGCCGCCGCAGGAUACGCAGGCCUUCUCGCAAUACCCUCAGGAGACGAAGGACGCCCUUUCGGAUGAGGUCCAGGAUGAGGUGAAGGAGGGCGUCUGGGGCUAUUUAUUCCCACUCGACACGAAAUAUGGCAAGGUCGUCGUCAUGAAGAAGAGAGCUGCUUGCCCGUUGCCAGAUACCGUCGAAGCGGCAAAAGACUUGACGGCUAAGGACCAUAAGGGGAAGUCGGCUCUGCAAAGGGAGGAGGAGGCUUACGAGCGCACAAAGGUGAAGGGGGUUGCCUCGGGCGGGUACUUGAUCGGACGUCACCCAGAGUGCGACAUUGUCGUGGACGACCCCAUUGUUUCAAAUCGGCACUGCCUUAUCUUCUCCGAGAACAAGGGUGGCGACAACGUGGCCAUCGUAGAGGACCUGUCUAGCAACGGAACCUUCGUAAACGAGGCCAACGUAGGCCGGAACAAGAGAAGAGAGCUUCAGGAACAGGACGAAAUCGCUGUCAUUGACAAGGCCCGUUUCAUCUUCCGAUACCCAAAGACCCGGCAAUCCAGCGCCUUUCUGAACCAGUAUACGCUGCUGGAGAAGCUCGGCAAGGGCCAUUUCGCCGAAGUGUUUUUGUGUGUUGAAAAAUCCACCGGCCAAAGGUACGCCGUCAAGAUCUUCACCAAGACUGCCGGCAUGGAUGAGAGGUCGAAGCAGGAGGGGCUACAGCAAGAAAUCGCAGUUCUCAUGGGCGUGAGCCACCCCAAUGUCCUCUGCUUAAAGGACACGUUCAAUGAGCGGAACGCUGUGUACUUGGUACUCGAGUUGGCGCCCGAAGGCGAGCUGUUUAACUUCAUUGUCAUGAAGCAGAAGCUGAGCGAGGAUGAAUCGCGCAAGCUGUUCAAACAACUGUUCCAGGGCAUCAAGUAUCUGCACGACCGCAAUAUUGUACACCGUGAUAUCAAGCCCGAGAACAUUUUGAUGGUUGACAAAGAUCUCCACGUCAAGUUGGCCGACUUUGGCUUGGCGAAGAUUAUCGGUGAGGAGUCUUUCACCACAACCUUGUGCGGUACGCCUAGCUAUGUAGCACCCGAGAUUUUGGCCGAGGGUAGGCACCGAAAGUACACCAAAGCGGUGGAUAUCUGGUCUCUUGGUGUGGUGCUUUACAUCUGCCUGUGUGGCUUCCCGCCGUUCUCGGAUGAGCUGUACUCGAACGAUUUUCCUUUUACGUUGUCGCAACAAAUCAAGAACGGACGUUUCGACUAUCCUUCCCCGUAUUGGGAUUCCGUCGGAGACCCCGCUCUUGACUUGAUCGACUCCAUGCUGGUCGUCGACCCCGAACGUCGUUACACUGUUGAUCAGUGCCUCAACCACCCCUGGAUGACACAGAAUCAGCCGGGUGUCAAUGACAGCACCGAUGGCCUGGUCGGCGGCAUCCAAGGCUUGGAAGUUCACCGGCGAGGUAUUACUAGAGAGCGGACUUUACUGAGCUCGUUGAACUCGGUACAAGUCGCUACCAGGCCGCCCGUUGGGGACAGCAAACAGCCCGUCCACAUCUAUGCUAAGAACACAAAAAAGAUGGCGCCGAAGGAAACUGAUCCCCACGGAGAACGGAACGUGAGCGAAUUCGUCGAAAUGGGUGGCAAGGGCGACCAGCCACUCUUUGGCACCGACGGCGAAAGUGUGUACUCCAAGGAGGAUAUCAGUGGCGGCAAGGACAAGAACGGCAAGAAGUAG